AUGGAUGGCCGCGAGUUCGUUGGGCUUUCUGGGGGAGAUGUCCUAUGCGAGCUUCUUGCAAGACAGGGCGUAAAGCAUGUUUUCGGCUACCCCGGCGGUGCAUCUCUCCAGUUACUGGACAGCCUCUACCGAGCCCAGCGAUUUGAAUUCAUCCUUUCACAUCACGAACAGGGCGCGGGCCACAUGGCAGAAGGUUACUACCGCACCAGCAAAAAGCCCGGCGUGGUGAUGGUGACCUCGGGGCCGGGGAGUUCCAAUACGGUUACACCCAUGCUAAAUGCUCUGCUCGACGGAACCGCCAUUGUCGUGAUCUGUGGCCAAGUGCCGACAGCAUCCCAGGGCAAGGGAGCUUUCCAGGAGAUCAACAUCGAUGAACUAGCACGUACGUGUACGAAGUGGGCCACCUCUGUACAGAGCCUCUGGGAAUUGCCGAUGGCUGUUCGCUCGGCCUUUCAACGUGCAGUGGAGGGUCGUCCCGGCCCAGUGCUUAUUUCAGUCCCGAAAGACAUUGCUCAAGCGACGUUCGAUGCGGAGGCUUUAGAAGCUUACAAUAAUUUGGAAGAUGACUCCCUUGCACCAAGCCCUGAUCCUGUCAACAAUGACAGCGCAAACCUCUUGGGAGAGAUAGAUGUAGUUGCGGAUUUGGUGAACCAUUCGCAGCGUCCGCUCAUAUGCGCCGGGAAUGGCGCCCUCGCCAGUGAAGAAGGCAUAGCACUGCUGCGGCAGAUGGUGGACGAGUAUCGCAUUCCUGCGGUUACCACGCUCCUUGGACUGGGGUGUUUUGACCAUGACCAUCCACUCUCUCUCGGAAUGACCGGGACCUAUGGAACGCCGUGUGCCAACUAUGCGAUCCAGAGCGCCGACCUCAUCCUCGUGAUGGGUGCCAGGCUGGACGAACGUGCGGUGGGCAAAGCAUCUGGCUUCGCACCCAACGCCCUUGAGAAAGCCAAAGAAGGCAAAGGAGGCAUCAUCCAUUUUGACAUUAGCCUUGACUUUCUGGGGAAAUUCGUUGCACCGACUCAAACCAUUCUUGGAGACUUAUCAAUCACUGUGGGCGCCCUCCUCCGGCGAUUGGAAAAGACAGACCGUGCAGAAUGGCUGGGUUUUAUACAGCACCUGAAGGAAGAAUAUCCUCUCCAGUCCAUCUCUUCUGAGCACAAGCACCCUCAAGCUCUUCCUCAGGAUAUCAUCGCCGAGCUGAAUCAGCAGACGGCUUCUAUGCAAUCUCCAAUCAGCAUUACUACCGGCGUCGGUCAACAUCAGAUGUGGACGGCCAAAUAUUAUGACUGGAAGGAUGAACGCUUUCUCAUCACGUCAGGUGGUCUGGGGACUAUGGGUUAUGGGCUCCCGGCUGCUAUCGGGUCUAAGACUGCUCGGCCUGGCCAUCAUGUAAUCUGCAUAGAUGGAGACGCCUCCUUCUGUAUGUCGAUGGCAGAGCUUUUGACCGCAUCGCAGCAAGGUGUCUCCGUCAAAGUGAUCAUACUCAAUAACCAGGAACAGGGUAUGAUUUCCCAGCUUCAACGCGAAAGCUACGAAGGGAGGAUUUGCUAUGCGCGGCAGGACAACCCUGACUUUGUUCAACUUGCGCGCAGCAUGAACUGCCAGGGACAACGUUGCUUCUUCAAAGAGGACCUGCCUGAGUGCAUCGAUUGGCUUUUACGCUGUGAUAGGCCUGCUCUGCUCGACGUGUUGAUUGCGGAGACAGAAAUGGUGCCCAUUGUUUCCAGUGGACAGUCACUAGACUGCAUGAAGUUUGAAUAA